CAACUAUUGAGCAACCAAAUAAAAUCAUCAGUUUUCUCAGAGGAAAAAGAAAAAAGAGAAAUGGAGAAUAUUCAAAGAACUAGUUUGGUUGUAGUUCUCUUGUUGCUCCUAAGUGCUGGUGCUUUUGCUCAAUUAAGAACAGAUUUCUACAAAAAUACAUGCCCAAAUGUUGAGUCUUUGAUUCGUUCUGCAGUUAGACAGAAAUUUCAGCAGACUUUUGUUACUGCUCCAGCAACUCUCCGACUCUUCUUCCAUGAUUGCUUUGUUCGGGGUUGUGAUGCAUCAAUGCUAUUGUCAUCACCAAAGAGAAACGCAGCAAAGGACCAUCCAGAUAAUCUUUCAUUAGCAGGUGAUGGAUUUGACACUGUUGUUAAAGCCAAAGCAGCUGUGGACAAAGACUCCAAAUGCCGUAAUAAAGUAUCAUGUGCUGAUAUUUUGGCUUUGGCCACUAGAGAAGUCGUUGCUAUGACUGGAGGGCCAUUUUAUCAAGUGGAGUUGGGGCGUCGUGAUGGGAGAAUUUCUACCAUAGCCUCAGUCCAACAUUCACUUCCAGGCGAAGGAUUCAACUUAAACCAGCUCAAUACCAUGUUCGCCAGACAUGGCCUUAGCCAGACUGAUAUGAUUGCACUAUCAGGUGCACAUACUCUUGGUUUCUCCCACUGCAACCGUGUAUCCAAGAGGCUCUACAAUUUCAGUCCAAAAAGCAGAGUUGACCCGACCCUAAACCGACAAUACGUCUCACAACUCAAGCAAAUGUGCCCAUUACGGGUUGACCCGAGAAUUGCCAUUAACAUGGAUCCAACAACACCAAAUACCUUUGAUAAUGCUUACUAUAAGAACCUUCAACAAGGAAAGGGUCUCUUUGUCUCUGAUCAAAUUCUCUUCACUGAUAGCAGAUCAAGAAACACUGUUAACUUUUUUGCUUCUAAUAAUGAUGCUUUCAAACAAGCAUUUGCAACAGCCAUGAUAAAGUUGGGCCGGGUCGGAGUUCUAACCGGAAACCAGGGUGAGAUCCGAUUCGACUGCACUAGACCAAAUUAGAGGAGACUGUAUUUUGUCUUUUUUUUUUCCUAGAGAGAAAGCAUUCAUUAUUUCCUUUUAAUUUUAUUUUACUAAUAAAGCAAUAUGCUAUAGCUAUUUUUUGUAAUAAUUUCUCUCAUGUGUAUGGUUUUGGGUUAUGUAAGCAAGGGUUAGUUUAGUGCAUAACAUGGCUGUGCUCCAACUCACUCAAGAAUGAGACAACAACAGCUUGUCAACAAGCUCGUUCAGAUCUUGGACACAGUAUAUUAAAAUUCAUGAAUAAAAUUGUCUUGAUUUUCUUCAUCAA